AAAAACAAUUUGAUUCCUUUCUUCUUCCUCAUGUUGUCAUAGUAUUUAAAGUCAUAUUUGUUCCCAUCCUCCUCAAUUCAGUACGAAGUUCUUGGAAUAAGUGUGUACUGCAGACACCGUUGCCUCAGUCAUACUUAACUUUUUGGGUUACUUGCAAUCUUGUUGGAGUAUCUAGAGAAAAUGGUACCUAGGAUAGUGGAUCUUCGGUCAGAUACAGUAACCAAGCCAAGUGAAGCAAUGCGAGCUGCUAUGGCGAGUGCUGAGGUUGAUGAUGAUGUUCUUGGCCGUGACCCCUCUUGUUUUCGGUUAGAGACAGAGAUGGCAAAGAUAUUGGGAAAGGAAGGUGCACUUUUUGUUCCAUCAGGCACUAUGGCCAACCUUAUAUCAGUGCUUGUGCAUUGUGACAUAAGGGGAAGUGAAGUUAUUCUGGGAGACAAUUCCCACAUACACAUUUAUGAGAAUGGCGGCAUUGCAACCCUUGGAGGGGUGCAUCCAACAACAGUUAGAAACAAUGAAGAUGGAACCAUGGACAUUCAUUUGAUUGAGGCUGCCAUCAGAGAUCCAAAGGGGGAGCUAGUAUAUCCAACCACAAGGCUUAUUUGCUUGGAAAAUACUCAUGGAAACUCUGGUGGUAGAUGUCUUUCAGUUGAAUAUACAGACAGAGUAGGAGAGGUUGCUAAAAAACAUGGAUUGAAGCUUCACAUUGAUGGAGCCCGAAUAUUUAAUGCAUCAGUUGCACUAGGUGUCCCUGUGGAUAGGCUUGUUCAAGCAGCUGAUUCAGUAUCGGUAUGUCUAUCAAAAGGCCUCGGUGCUCCAGUUGGAUCUGUUAUUGUUGGUUCCAAUAACUUUAUCACCAAGGCUAGACGGCUAAGAAAAACAUUAGGUGGUGGAAUGAGGCAGGUUGGCAUCCUUUGUGCUGCGGCACUCGUUGCUUUGCAGGAAAAUGUUGGAAAGCUACAAAGUGAUCACAAUAAAGCUAAACUUUUGGCUGAUGGAUUAAAUGAAAUUAAAGGACUGAGAGUGGAUAUCUCUUCUGUGGAAACCAAUAUCAUAUAUGUUGAAGUUGAAGAGGGCUCACGAGCUACAGCAGCAAAGCUAUGCAAGGACUUGGAAGACUAUGGUAUCCUUCUUAUGCCAAUGGGCUCAUCAAGAUUGAGAAUUGUCUUCCACCACCAAAUAUCGGCUAGUGACGUGCAGUACGCCUUGUCGUGCUUUCAGAAGAUGAAAGUUGAGACUCGAUCUCUUUUGUUGAAUGUUGUAGCAAGCUGUCAAUGGAGUUCGAAAUGAAAAUGGCAACUAGUGGACGAAAUUGAAAUUUGCAACCUUCUGCCGCAUAUAUAACUAUAUUUAUUAAUAAUCAAAUUAAAGAUCAAAUUCCAUUCGAUCAUGUGAAUAAACAGGAACCUUUGUAAAAAGGUUUGAACAUGACAUAUAUGGAUAUAUAUGAUGUCAACGUGUAAUCCAAAAGUUUCUCAGCAUGAGUCUGCAGUGGUAGAACAGUGAACAGUGAAGCCUUUACGGAAUCUUAAUUUGCAUACUCUUUAAUAUUCUUUUCUAGCUGUAUCUCGAGCAAAA